AUGGAUAGCAUGAGACCGAGUCGCUCCACUACGGUUGACAGUUUACGCUCCGAGGUAGACAGCAUGUGUUCGUGUGGUGCUUUGUCACGUGACACUAGUGUUCACGAUCUUCUGGGAAAUCCAAAAUCUGGCAACUCAACUCCGCAAAAACAUUCAGAAGUUCCCACAUUUGAGGAAGAGUCGCAUCAUUCUUUGAUGCGUGACCCCGAGUAUGUGUCUCAAACUGCGGAAAACGUGCCGGAGUCGCCAUCUUCAUCACAAAAAUCAGAAAAACCUGUGGACGACAUUAUUCCAAAUGUUUUGGAUUAUGCGGACUCGUUUAAAACUAACAGUAUUACUUCCACGGAGGUCACAGCACACGAUGCAGAAACCAAAAGUGACAUAUCCAAGGACACAACUCUUCAGUCUCAUGAGGCUAAAACAGAUGCAAAUAGUUCCCCAACAGACGGACAAACUGCUGACCUUGAAUCGGUCGAAACUGAAGGUGAAAGUUCAAAAGUUCAGAGGUCAGAUGCUAAUGAUGCGUCUGUCAGGCAGGAAGAGGCGGACCCGAAAGAUUUACAGAAAACUGAAAGUGAUUCUAAACUUGAUAAUUUAAAUGCUGAAGCAGAUGUGGUUGCCAAGGGCAACGUGGACAAAAUGGCUGACGAGAAAUUAAGUGUUAACACAAGUAUUGCUAGCGAUGUUCCCAGUGCACAGUUCAGCCCCUUGAAAACAUCGGCUCAACAUUUGAAUAAUUUUGUGAAUUACGCUACUGGUUUGUUCAGAAAUGCAUCCGAGGAUAAUAUCGUCAAGGACGUUCACGACAUGAAACUUAAUCAGACAGACAGCAAGCAGCCGACAUUGGUUAUCAAGGGAGAUAAACCUUGUGAAGUUGAAAAUGCCAUCAAGUUAGCAGACAAACCAGACUUAUUCCAAAACUUGGACAAAUUAAUACCGAAGCCUCAGUCUGGAUUUGACGACCCGCCAUUAUACCUCUGUCUCCGAGUCGGUCAGCCCAAAUUUAAAGAAGUGUCACAAACAUGCCCUAUAGAGAGUUACCGUGGCAACAAGAAGAAACCUGAAUAUUGGUUUUCUAUCCCACGAGACAA